UCUCUCUUGCGAUUUGACCGCGAUCCUAGAAAGUGUUAUUCCAGACAACAUAUGAGAGAGAAUUUAGGGCUCUUGGCACACGUGAAGAAUGCGAUAGUGGCGGUGUGGCGUGAUCGCGUGUCCUUGUGGACUGGCACAAGUGGUGGCGUGGAUCGAUUGACACUUGCCAGCAUGGCAUCCGGGCGGCACGAGCUGCGAUGGCGGAUUGGGAUUGACUCUUAGCGGGAUCGAUCAUGUUUGGCGGGAUUUUCGACGAGAUUAUCAAGAAGAUUGAGGAAUGGAUCUCUGGCAAGGGCCAUGGCGGAGACGAUGCAGGCGAGCGCGAUUUGCUGCCGGUGCUACUCGUGCCUGGGAUUGGCGGCUCCAUUCUCAAUGCCGUGGACGAUGACAACAGCGACAAUGCCGAGCGCGUUUGGGUGCGCUUGUUCUUUGCGGAUCACGAAUUCAAGAAGAAGCUGUGGUCGCGCUAUGAUCCGGCAACGGGGAAAACCUUGUCCUUGGAUCCAAAAUCUCACAUAGAAGUUCCAGACGAGAACUAUGGAUUGUUUAGUUGUGACAUCCUCGACCCCGCUGUGUUCAUACGUCUAAACAUCGUGUAUAACUUUCACGAUUUGAUCGAGCAAUUGGAGCAGUGGGGGUACAAGGCAGGCACGACUUUGUUUGGCUAUGGCUAUGAUUUUCGCCAGAGCAACAGGCUCCCAGAGGCAGUGGAUGGUCUUUUACGAAGACUAGAGGCCAUACACAAAACCUCAGGUGGGAAGAAAGUUAAUAUCAUUUCUCAUUCCAUGGGAGGACUUUUAGUGAGAUCCCUCUUGGCACUUCAUUCUGCUAGCUUUGAAAAACUUGUGAAUUCUUGGACGACAAUCGCGACACCUUUUCAAGGGGCACCGGCGUUUGUGACAGACUGCCUCCUGACUGGAGUGGAAUUCCUCAAGGGAUGGCAAAAGGAACUGUGGGUUGCAAAGUGGAGCACGCAUCAAUUGCUUGUCGAAUGUCCUUCCGUGUACGAGAUGAUGGCAUCUCUCACGCAUGAAUGGGAGCGCCCUCCACAAUUGCAAGUCUGGAGGCGGCACAGAAAGCAUGAUAACAAUCCCAGGCACGUCAAGCUACACUCAUAUGGACCCCUCGAGUGUGUUUCUGUGAUGGAAGCUGCACUUAAAGAGAACACGCUGAGCUAUGAUGACAAGACGAUACCCAUUCCUUUCAAUAGAUGCAUUCUAGAGUGGGCAAAUGAGUCCCGCCGUCUAUGGUUCUCUGCAAAGCUUCCAAAAGAUUUUAAGUUCUACAACAUAUAUGGCACUUCAUGCAAAACUCCAUUCGACGUCUGCUACGGGAGUGAAAAAUGCCCUAUAGUGGAGCUCAAGGAAAUUCUCCAUACUGAGGCCGAUUUUAAGUAUGUGGAUGGAGAUGGCACGGUACCAUCCGAGUCUUCCAAGGCUGAUGGAUUCACUGCAACUGCGAGGCAUGGGGUUCCAGGCAACCAUCGUGGUCUACUAAGAUCAAACGCGGUGUUUCUCCUCCUCAAAGACAUCCUGGAGAUCAAAGACAAAGAGAAGAAGGUUGCGGUUCACGCUGCCCCACACAAGUCCGAGGAAGCGAUUGAGAAACAAGCACAGUUUUGUCUCAGUGACACUGCCAUGUCCCACAAGAACAGCAACUGGGACGCAAACUCCGAGGAUAGCCAAGAUUACAACAGUGGUAGCGAGAGCGAGGACAACACCGAAAACUCAGUAGUAUUCACCAUCAACACUGAGGAUGCUAGAGCUCAAGCUCACGCUAGAGCCACACCUCAUGAGCCACACAAAGGCUUCGAGUUCCAUCACCUCAGCGUUUCGGCUGCCGGUGUGGCAGAAGGAAGCGAUCGAGAAAAGGCUGCCAUUGCAGUGGAGAAAGCUAUGGCUUCCGCCACGGCCAAGCUCAUGGCAUUGUACAAUAUGUAAAAAAUUGAAAAAUACCAUGUAAAUUUUGUCAAAGUGA